AUGGCGAAUAUUCACCCCGAAAUCGAUCAGGCAUGGUUUCUGAGAUGCUACGAAGAAAGCAGGACGGAGUAUAAACAAGUGCACAAGAGCUGGGAGCAAGUUGUCGAACAUGGACUCUCGUUCGGUUCAGUUCUCUCCGCUCUCGAUUUGGAACCCGAACCUUCGAAAUACAACUUCUAUAUUUUCAGCAAUAGCAUGAAGGCCGCAGUCCAGCUUCUAACAGAUCACAGCAUUUACGUUAUGUGGAAACUCUACUGCUUCAAUGAAUCUGUUGCCUCACUCGUGCAACUGCGGAAGAUCAAUGGAAAAAGAUCUUUAAGCGAAAUCUUCAUCCGACCACCUCUAAAGACGAGUUCGGAGAAUAUCGAUGCUGGGCAAAUGACUCCAAUUAACGCACUUCCAGAGGAUGAUAAGGUUACUGUAGACCUUGGGACUGGAAAAUCAGAAAUUUUCUCCAAAAAUUAUUUGCUAAGUUGGAUUACAGCAGAGAUUGAAGCGGGAAAGUUGAUUGAUGAUGUCGUUGUUACGAGUAUAACCCCGAGAGGACGCCCAGUGCACACCCGGCUUGAUCACGAUGUGUGGACCAAAAGCCUUCUUCGCGGCCCCUGGAAAAAUGAAUUCCUUCCUAUAUGA